AUGAAACAAUAAGAAAAAUUAUAAAUAUUUCUUCAAUAUUUAAACAAUCAUGGUUACUAUUAAACAAUUAAAGAACUAAUCUAAAAAACAAGUUAUAAUCAAUUAUAACAAUUAGACUCAAAAGUUGAUUCUUCAAUUGUUUCCAAGAUUACUACUUAUAUUCAGAAUCAUGAUUUUGAUUAAUUGGAAUAAAUAUUCAAUACAUAUGUAAAUUAAGAAAAGAAAUAAAAAUGCAUGUUUAUAAUUGUCUAAAAUCAUUAUAUAGAAUUAUUGUAAUAACAAAAAAUUAAUGAAGCUGUUGAAUUAUUAAGAGGACGUUUAUAAGAUUGUUGUUUAGGUUCAUUUUGUCUUAUAUAAUAGAUGAAUAACAAAAACAUCAAUUAGCAAAUCUCAUUAUAGAAUCAGAAAUUUAACCUCUUACAUGUGUUGAAAUCAUUAGACAAAUCUUGCUUAUAUGUCAUCAAGAAAUUGGAGUCCUACAACCAAAUAGACUUAUGAUUCUAAUGCAUUAAGCAUAAGCAAAUAAGAUUUUAGAAUGUAAAAAUCAUUGUAAAUUGGAAUCUAAUUACUUAAUCUCUUAGAAACAUUUAUGCACAUAAAAAUUAACAAAGAAAAUUAUACGAGAAUAACAUUUAAUGUUUUAAUUAUAUUUCUAUUAUGUAGAUCUAUUGUUCAAUAUUCUAAUGAUCUUUCAUUAUAAGUAUAAGUAUCUGAUAAGGUAAAUGUAAUAAUAUAUUAAUAACAAUUACAAAUUAAUUCAGAACUUUAAUUACAUAAAAUACGUACAUUAAAUGAUUAUCAUCAAAGUGAGAUUCUAUCUGUUACAAUAUCACCUUGUAAUCAAUAUAUUGGUACUACAUCUAAAGAUAAAACAGCUAUAAUAUUUGAAUUAAGAAAGAAUAAAUAAUUAGUAUUAAAUGCUCAUUAGAGUCCAGUCUAAGAUAUGAUUUGGGUUUUAUAAUCAAAUUUUGUUAAUGGAAAUGGUAGUACCAAUAAAAAUUCUUAAAAACAAGAAUUAUUAGAAUAAGAAUCAUUACUUUAAAAUAAUUAUUAAACAUUAGAUACUUUAAAAUUAUUAAAAUACAAAAUAUGGACUAUUGCAAAUGAUGGUUGGUUAUUUGAAUGGGAUUAAGGAACUAAAAUAUAUUGUCUAAAAACAGAAGAAAAAGUUAAAAAAAUGCAUUAUGAUUAAAAUUAAGAUUCACUAAUUAUUGUUAGUGAAUACAAAAUAUCAAUUUAUUAAUUAUCAAAAAAAUAAUUAAUUCGAUAAUUAAGUUUGAAUGAUUAAAUAAUAGAUGUAAAAAUAGAAAAAGCUCAAACUUUUUUAAUUAUUUUGAGUAAAAAUAUUAAUUAUCAAUUUACUUAUUAUUCAUUACCUAAACUUGAAUUUGUGAAAUUGUUUAUAGAACAUAACCCAAAAUUAUUAAUUAGAUAAUUUGAUAUCGGUUGGCAUAAUAAUAAUUUAAUAGUAUGUUGUACUAAUGAAGGGGUAACAAUAAUGUGGCAUAUCUAAAAAGGAUAAUUACCUUUCUUUCGAAAAUAAGUAAAUUAUUAUCAAUUUAAUAAAGAUUCAUAAAGGUCCAAUAAAUUUAGUUAGUAUAGAGCCUUUGAGCUUUACUAUAAGAUACUUUGUAGAAUAAGAUUCAUUGUUAAGUCAGAUAUAAAGGAAUAUAGCUUAUUAUUCAAGAGUUUUCACUGAAUAACGUUCUCCUCUGGCUGAAAGAUCAAUGACAAGUGAAGAUGAUUUAUGA